AUGGUCAAGUUAUGCGACUUCGGGUACACACAGCAUGUGGGAACUCCGGUGUGUUUGGCACCGGAGGUCCUGUGCUGGUCGAAGUACUACAGUUUGGCUGAAGCUGAUUUGUGGAGUCUAGCUGCUGACGUCAUAGCACGGCUCGUAUCGGGGCCUUGGACCAGCGGCCUUUUUGCGGAAGACUACGGUGGUAUCGACUAUAUCGAGGGGAGUAAUGUAGACAAUCUUCACGAUCAAGAUGGGUGGAUAUUGCGCCGUAUAGCGUCGAUCAUAGGCAGACCCACUGAUAGAGAAGUCAAGGCAGUUUGCAGGAACGUAGCCUAUCGCCGGGUGCUUGAAAGCCAGUACUUUGCGGACCUUCCGGAACCCUCAGCGGAUGAGCCCGAUUCGGGAUUACGAGAGUUGUAUGAGUCUAGCUGUCCUGCUGGUUACAGUCUACUACGUAGCAUACUGCGAUGGGACCCAGCAGAUCGAGCCACGCUACAGGACGCGAUGGCCAGUGAGUACUUCUAUGCGAUGGGAGAGGACGAAUGGCCUGCUUGUGAUUGGCGAGCUGAGAAACUACAGGACUCGCAGGAGUUUGAGUAA